CGUCUCCAUUCUCCAGUUCAACUCGGCUCACCCCCUCCGCUUGCGGCACCGCCACCACCCUUCGCCCCCUCCCCGCGGGGAAACCCUAGAACCUUCUGGAGGCCACCCCGAAAUCUCGGCGCGGCUAGGGCUCCCGCUCGCUCCACCCCGCCCGCGGCGAUGCCGCUCUUCAUGUCCGACGAGGAGCUCCGGCUCCUCGGCGGGGACGUGGCCGCGGUCGCCGAGCGGGCCGACGCCGCCAUCCGCGAGCUCCGGAACCAGGUCGACACCAUCCGCGCCGAGGCCGACGCGGCGGCCAUCGCGGCCGAGCAGACCUGCGCCCUCCUCGAGCAGCGGUUCACCACCCUCUCCGCGGAGGUCGAUCGGUACCAGGCCGAGGCGGCCGAGCUCACCGCCGCCUCCGAGGGCCGCGCCGCCGACCUCGCCUCCUCCCAGGCCGAGAUACACCAGCUCCGCAUCCAAGCAAUUGCAAAGGAUGGCGAGGUCGAGCGUCUCAAAGUGGAAAUCUCGGAGCUGCACAAGUCCAAGUGCCAGUCGCUUGAAUUGAUCGAGCAGAGGGACGCAGAGAUACGGGAGAAGGAUGGCGUCAUUCAGAGCUACCAUGAUAAGAUGGUAAAUCAGGCUGACUCUUCUGCUGGUAAAGAGGCUAGGAUACACGAGGUUGAAGCUAAGUUAACUCACUGCCAGGCGACAUGUAACCGCAUUGAACAGGAGAAGGAGCUUCUUGAAAAGCAUAAUCUCUGGCUUGAUGAGGAACUGAAAGCAAAAGUAAAGAAUCUAUCUGAUCUAAGAAAGGCAAACAUGGAUGAGGAGUCUCGGAUGUCAGCAAAGAUUGCAGAGCUUGAAAGAGAGAUUUCUGAAUCUACAAGUUCCUUGAGGCGAAGUAAAGAACGGAUUUCUGAGCUUGAGCAAAGAGUAUCUUAUAUGGAAAAGGAGCUACUCUCAGCAAAGGAUGCUGCAGCUGCUAAUGAGCAACGCCUUGGCGCUGAGCUUUCAACUGUCAUGAAACUUGCUGAACUUCACAAAGAAAGUUCUAGCGAAUGGUCAAAGAAGGCUGGGGAACUUGAAGGUGUUAUUAAAGCUUUGGAGACACAUUUGACCCAAGUUGAAGAUGAUUACAAGGAAAAGCUUGGGAAGGAGACCUUGGCCAAGAGUGAUCUUGAAAUGGAAGUUGCCAACUUAAAGCAGAAGAUACAGAAGUGUGAACUUGAUUUGGAAAAUUCAAGAAAGUCUGGUGAAAUGAGCCUUGUACCAUUCACCAACAUUGCAGCAGAACCCACUGAUUUAAGUGAUACACCCAUGAAAGAAAUGUCACUUUCUGAUGAUGUAAAUCGGAAUGACCUAAUGAUAGUUCCAAGAGUACCUAGUGGUGUUUCUGGAACUGCAUUAGCUGCUUCUCUUCUUCGUGAUGGCUGGAGUCUUGCUAAGAUAUAUGAGAAAUAUCAAGAAGCCACUGAUGCUUUACGCCAUGAGAGGUUUGGGAGGAGACAUGCUGAAGCGGUUCUGGAAAGGGUCUUACAUGAAAUUGAGGAGAAGGCUGAACUCAUCUUAGAUGAGCGAGCCGAGCAUGAGAGGAUGGUUGAAGCUUAUGCUCUAAUGGAUCACAAAUUGCAGCAGGCAUUGUUGGAGCAUGAUAAUUUUGAGAAUACCAUAAGGAAUCUAAAGUCGGAGUUGAAAAGGUGGGAACGCGAUCAUUUUAUUGCUAACAAGGAAAUAGAUGACCUGCAAAAACAAGUCGCUGUUCUUUUAAAGGAAUGUCAAGACGUACAGCUUCGUUGUGGUUCUAGUGUUCCCAUUGUAGGUCAUGGUGCUGCUUCUACCAGCAUAAGCAAUGGCAUGUCUAAUGCUGAAAACAAUAACCAUGCACAUAUGACAUUUAAUGAUAUUAAUGGGCUCGUUCAGCAAAAUGUUCAACUUCGAAAUAAAGUUCACAUGCUCUCUACCGAUCUUGAAAAUAAGGGCGUGGAACUCAGGGAGAGCUUCCAAAUCGAGCUGAAGAGAAUCACAGUUGACGCUGCAUCAAGAGUUGAAAAAGUUAUGAAGAAAUCUGAAGAACAAGCAAUAAUGAUUGAAUCUCUUCAUAGAUCUGUUGCGAUGUACAGGAAAUUGUGUGAAGAACAGCAGAAGACUCGUUCCAGUAUCGAAAACAUAUCCAGUAAUCUGCAAGAUGAUGGCAGAAAGGACCUGAUGGUGCUGUUUGAAGGAUCACAGGAGAUCUCGAAGAAAACACAUGAACAAGUCACUGAGCGGGCCAGAAAACUCGAUGAAGAGUUGACCAAGUUGAGGACUGAGCUUAUGUCUUUGCGAUCUGAGCGUGACAAGGCAGUGCUGGAAGCUAGUUUUGCUCGAGACCGGCUUAAUGGGUUCAUGGCAGAGAUUGAUCACCAGAGAAAGGAAGCUAAUUCUGUUUCGCUCAGAAAUGCGGAGUUGAUGCAUUUAGUAGUUGAUUAUGAAAAAAGACUCCGUGAAAGUUCAGAUUCUAUGCAAGCUUUAGAGGAGAGCUCAAGGAAACUGUCAAUGGAGGUGUCUAUUUUAAAGCAUGAAAAAGAGAUUUUAGUGAAGUCAGAGAGAAGAUCUUUGGAUGAAGUCAACAGUUUGUCUGAGAGAGUGCACCGUCUGCAGGCCACCAUUGACACAAUACAUACUACUGACGAGGUUCAAGAGAAUGCAAGGUCCAUGGAAAGGAGAAAUCAACAGGAGUACAUCAAGCGACUAGAGAGAGACUGGGCUGAACUAAAAAAGGAGGUUCAAGAGCAACGAGAUCAUGUUCGUGUCCUGACACUUGACAAGAAAAAUGCCUUUGAGGGCUGCAUGAAGCAGGUAGAGGAUAUGAGACAAGAGUUACAGAGCUCAUGGAGAGCUUCUAGUGAUGCUGAGGCGAGGGCUGCUGUUGCAGAGGCAAAGUGUUCAGAUCUGGAGGCGAAACUCAAAUCAAAAAGGAUCAUAUUUAGGGACGGUGGUCAUGAUAACUCAGCAGUAAAUGAGGUGAAUGAUGAGCUUUUCCGGUUGAAAGAGGAGUUGGAAAAAUGCAAGGAGGAAGCACAAGCAAAUAAAAACUAUAUGCUUCAGUACAAAGAAAUUGCAAACUCAAAUGAAGUUGCAUUGAAGCAAAUGGAAUCGGCAUACCAGGAUUACAAAACUGAGUCCGAAAUGGCCAAAAGAAGCCUGGAAGAUGAGAUCGCUAAGUUGAGAAGUAAGUUGUCUGAAUUUGAGAAAAGCUAUGUGAUGAGGUGUGAAGAAGCUGCCAGUACAAUUGAAGUUAAAGAGAAGGAUAUCACUACUCUUAUGAAUGACAUUACGAUCCUGAGGAAUGAAGUUUCCCAGAAAGUAUCGCGGAUUGAGAACUUAGAAGUUGAAUUGGCUUCCUCAAAGAGUGCUCUUGAUGAGCAGUGUAAGCGUUGGCGUAGCGCGCAAGACAACUACGAGCGGCAGGUUAUCCUGCAAUCUGAAACAAUACAGGAGCUGACAAAUACUUCUAAGCAACUGUCUUCAUUGCAGCAAGAAAUGGCAAUGCUUCGUCAAACAGCAGAUGCACACAAGGCUGAAAAUGAUGCUCUAAGAACGUCUGGUGAGCAAGAAAAGAUAGAGUUGGUGAAAGAAAAGGAUGAGGCCCUUCGGAAGUAUAGCGAGCUAAAUGAUCAGAAUAAGAUUCUACACAACCGAUUAGAAGCUUUGCACAUUCGAUUAGCUGAGCAAGAACGGGGUAUUGCUGGACUUUCAUCGCAACGAACCGACUCACAUGGAGAGGAUGAUUUGCAUGGCGUUGUCAGCUACUUGCGCAGAUCAAAGGAAAUAGCGGAAACAGAAAUAUCGUUGCUUAAGCAGGAGAAAUCACGGCUUCAGAUAGAGCUGGAAAGUGCAUUGAAGUCCAGCAAGGAGGCACAGGACUUGCUCCGCAGUCAAGCUGAUAGUGCAAGAUCAUCAAUGUUCAAGGAUGAAGAAUUCAAGUCGCUGCAACUCCAGGUGAGAGAAAUUAAUUUGCUUCGUGAAAGCAACAUACAGCUUAGAGAGGAGAACCGGCACAAUUUUGAAGAAUGCCAGAAAUUCCGUGAGGAAGGUAACAAAGCUAAAAUAGAGGCUGAAAGAUUGAAUAAAAUUCUACUGGAGAAACAGGUAUAUGCUGAAGUGUGUACAAAAGAUCUAGACAUGAAGAAGACUGAAAUAGCAAAUCUCAACCAAAGGAUUUCUGAGUUGCUUGAAAACAGUAGAGGUGUCGAUUUGAACACAUAUGAGACCAUGAAGGGUGAACUUCAAAAUAUCAAAUCAACCUUGAGAGAGAAUUCAGUUGAGCUUGAGCGUGCAAAGAAUCUUCUUUCCGAGAGGGACGUUGCCAUAAGAAAUUUAGAUGAGAAGCUUGCUGGCUGUCAGUCUGAAUUGGGAGCUAGGGAAAAGAAGCUGAAUGAUGUUGAGGCUAGCCUGAAAUCUGAAAUUGAUAGACAGAAGAAGAUUACCUUCACCUACAAGAAAAAGGUUGAAGUGUUAAUGCGAGAGAAGGCAGAUCUUAUAAAAGAAAAUAAAAGCCUUUUGAAGCAGAUUGAAGAUCUUAAAUCAAGUCAGAAAAUGCCGAUGGAAACAUCAAAUGUUCAGGCCGUAAAAGAGAAAGACAUCAGGAUACAGACACUGGAAAAAAUCUUGGAGAAGGAGAGAGAUGAUCUCAAGAAAGAAAAGGCAAACCGCAGAAAGGCUGAGAACGUUUUCUACGUCGCUGUUCAAAAUCUAUCAAAGGAGAAGAAGCAAAUAGAGGAAUCGAUUGAGAAGCACCGGCAGGCUGUGAAGGAGGUGAUUGAGCAUUAUUCUGGACAAUCAUCUCAAAUCCCUUCUGGAUCAGCAGUAGAGGAGCAGUUCCGUUCAUAUUUCCUUGCGGCUAAAAAAAUGGAGGAGUCUCCUAGCCUGUUCCAAGAUGGUUCAACUAGCCAGACACCACCUAUUGAAACUCCCACUGUCGAUGCAGCUGCGACAGGGCGGCAGGUAGCUACUCCGCCAAGGCCUGCUCAAGUUAAAGUGAUGGAGGAGAAAGCAGUUUCUUCUUUGCCCAAGCCAAGUACUGAACAACGCAGAUCAAGAAGGGUGCUCGUUCGGCCUAGUCUUGAACGAAUUGAAGAGCCCCAGGCUGAUGCGGCUACACCAGUUGUCGAUGUUUCUGCAGUACAGGAGAAAGGUGGCACAUCGACAGAACGAGGUUCCACAGUAGUUCAGGAAAAAGGUGGCCCAUCACUGGAGCGUGAAACUUCUGGCAGUGUGUCUGUAUUGCCUUCUGGUCGCAAACGUCUCGUGCCAUCAUCGCAGAUGAGAGAUGAUGCAUCACAUGGAGAGGCUAAUGAUGCCAAUCCUCCAUCAAAGAAACCUAAAGAGGAUUCUGUUCAGAGUUCCAGUGAGUUAAAAACUGAUCAAUCGGCCCCUGAAGAUGUAACGACUGAGGCUCCUGUGGUUAUCUCGAUAGACAACCAAGAUGUGCAACAACAGCCUGGAGAAGAGAUGAACACGGAUCAGGCUUCCAUGCCAGUUGAAGAGGUUGAGGACAUCAAGGAUGACGAAGCGGGUAACAAUGAUGACAUGGAAGAAUAUACAGGUGCAUUAAUGGACAUCGAAGGCCAGGAUGCUGAAGUUAAUAUGGACAGUGAUGCAACUGCUGUGGAAGAUGUGCCGCUUAAGUCAGAGGCAGUAGUGGAAUCGUUUGAUGAAGACCAGAAACUCGAGGAUGCGAAGGAAGAGGGCCAGAUUACUACAGCCACCGAUGCUGAGGAUGAGAAGGAGGAGGGGGAGUUGCCGGAUGAACCUGAACAACAAUCAGAUAGCAGUCCCCUGGAUAUUGGUGAGCAAGCAGGUGAUGCUUUCAGGGCAGCAUCUCCAAGUGGGGCAGCAGCAAAGAGCGACGCAGACAUGUCAGAGGAGAUUGUAGAAGGUGACGGUACUGCUGAACUUGCUGAGGUGGAGCCAGACCAAAGCCCUCUAGCACAGUCAGGCGGAGCGGAUGCAUCACCAAGCAGAACCACAGAUGCAUCCCCUGUACGUGAACCUUCCCCUUCAAACCCAGCCAUUGCUGGCGCAUCUUCUGAACAACAGAAUCCCGGUACCGCAGCAGAGAGUGUGGGAAGAACAAUCAACUUGACGGAGAGGGCAAUACAAAACAGAACAAACAGACAAAACAGACUUGUACGGACGAGCACUCCACAGCCUUCCUCUUCCAGGGGUCGUUCUCGAGAAACCGGGCGCGGACGUGGACGUUCCCGGCGAGGUGGUCAGCCAUAGUGAGGUGGAAAAAAAUUGGUGUCGUCGCUGGAAACUUGUAGUUGCAUCUUUUGCCCAACUACGUAGACUACUUUUUGCCAUGAACUACUGAACAAGCUUUGCUGCCGGAGUAAAGCAUUGCGUGACUUGUAAGCCGUCAAGUAAGCAAAUAUAUGCUGCCCGACUCGUUUACAAAUGGUAUGCCACUAAGCGGCUGUGUUAUGGUGCGCCCAUGUGCGCUUGAAUUGCUCUGUGAGGUCACAUUACUAAUUGCUACGUGAAACUUGGUCAUCAAUCGUGUCUAAGUUCA